AUGGGCGGGCGAGCUGGCGCCGCGGAGCCGCUUCUGCUCCCGGAGCUCUCCGGCGGGCACAGCGGCGGGGCGUCGGUCUCCGGCGCGGUGUUCAACCUGUCCACGAGCAUCAUCGGCGCCGGCAUCAUGUCGAUCCCGGCGGCAAUGCGCGUGCUCGGCGUGGUCCCCGCGCUCGUCCUCAUCGCCGCCGUAGCCGUCCUCUCCGACGUCUCCGUGGAGUUCAUGCUGCGGUACACGGGCUGGGCGCCCAGAGGCCCGCCUUCGUACGCGGGGAUUAUGGGCGACGCGUUCGGCCGCGCCGGCGCCGCCGCGCUCAACGUCUUCGUCGCCUUCACCACCGCCGGCACCCUCGUCGUCUACCUCAUCAUCAUCGGUAAGCUACCCCUCGCGACGACGCGCGCGCUGCUUUCGUAUUGCGGGGAGUGCACCAUGGCACUGAUCGCAUCGAGAAUUCUCUGCUCGUUUGUCGCAGGGGACGUGAUGUCCGGGAGCGCGGGGGCGGGCGAGGAGCACGCCGGGGUGCUGGGGGAGCUGUUCGGCGCGCGGUGGUGGACCGGAAGGGAGUUCGUCAUACUCGUCACGGUCGUCGCCGUUCUGCUGCCGCUCGUGCUCCUCCGCCGCGUCGGUGAGUAUUCCUGCUAG